AUGAAGGCCUCCUUUUUGCUUUCUGUCGGUCUGGCUGCGAAGGCUUGCUUGGGCCUUGUUACCGCCCCAAAAUAUGUUCGCCAGGACAAUACCACAGCUUCUUCUCUGCAAGACAUUGUGACGUGGGAUGAGUACUCCAUUCGGGUUCACGGAGAGCGCGUUCUUCUCUUAUCGGGAGAGUUCCACCCCUUCCGUCUCCCAUCCCCAGGACUCUGGCUUGAUGUCUUCCAGAAAGUCCGCGCGCUUGGGUUCUCAGCUGUGUCCUUCUACGUCGAUUGGGCCCUCCUUGAAGGUGACCGAGGGUCUAUCCGGGCGGAUGGAGUUUUCGCGCUCGAAGAAUUCUUUCAGGCGGCUACAGAAGCCGGUUUGUAUCUAACUGCUCGUCCUGGUCCUUAUAUCAACGCCGAACUUUCUGGGGGUGGAUUUCCUGGCUGGUUGGAAAGGGUGCAAGGCCGUCUCAAGACUACAGAUCAAGGCUACUUGGAUGCCAUCACUCCAUAUAUGCAGGCCAUAGGACGCAUAAUCGCGAAGGCGCAGAUCACAAAUGGUGGCCCGGUGAUUCUAUUUCAACCCGAAAACGAGUAUACGGCUUGCGUGCAGGACAAAGAUUACAUGGCCUACGUGGAAGAUCAGUAUCGAAAGGCUGGAGUAGUUGUGCCGUUCAUCGUCAAUGAUGCCGAACCUAUGGGCAACUUCGCUCCUGGCACGGGAGUCGGCGCUGUGGAUAUUUACAGCUUCGAUGAUUAUCCCAUGCAUUGGAGUACAGCGCCAUCCAAUCCGUCGAACUGGUCAUCUGUGGUGAACCCACUGCUCUCCUACAAUGAAACAGUUCAUGAGAAGCAGAGCCCGACCACGCCGUUUUCCAUCUCAGAAUUCCAAGGUGGGGUGCCUGACGGUUGGGGUGGUGUUGGUGUCGACACCUCGGCCGCAUACAUCGGUCCUGAAUUCGCACGCAUCUUCUACAAGAUAAAUUACGGCUUUCGCACUGCUAUCCAAAAUCUCUACAUGAUCUUUGGGGGGACAAAUUGGGGCAACCUGGGCCACCCUGGUGGUUACACCUCGUACGAUGUGGGUGCUGCUAUCGCCGAAGAUCGCGAAGUCAUCCGCGAGAAAUACAGUGAAUUGAAGCUACAGUUCAACUUUCUACAGGCAUCUCCUGCAUACCUCGAGUCACACCCCGAAAACGGGAGCUAUGGAAUCUACACGGACACCACAUCCCUCGCAGUAACCCGGUUAGCCGGGACUCCCACCAACUUCUACGUGGUACGCCAUGGAGAGUUAACAUCGCAAGAGUCGACUUCAUAUAAGCUGCGCGUGAACACUACCGCCGGUAGCUUGACAAUUCCUCAGCUGGGUGGAACACUAAGUUUGAAUGGCCGAGAUUCAAAAAUUCAUUUAGUCGACUACAACGUCGGCAACGAAAAUCUGAUUUAUUCCUCGGCUGAGCUAUUCACCUGGAAGCAGACAGGCCCCAAGUCAGUGGUUGUUCUCUAUGGAGGUGAAGAUGAGCUUCAUGAAUUUGCCGUCCCUGCAAAUAUAGGAAAACCAACUUUCAUUGAAGGCGACGAUUUGCAGAUUCAGCAGAUCAACUCGACCACCGUGAUACAAUGGGCAGUCCAACCCUCACGCCGAGUUGUGCAUUUCGGCAACACCCUCGAGGUGCAUCUCCUCUGGCGCAACGAGGCAUACAACUACUGGGUCCUCGACCUACCCGUCCCAGGGGCCAUAGGCCGACACGUCUCUCAGUCUCACGCCAACCGAUCUGUCAUCGUCAAGGCCGGGUAUCUUCUACGAACUGCCGAACUCACUGGCAAGUCCCUCUAUUUGACAGGCGAUAUCAACACCACCACUACCCUCGAGCUCAUUUCCGCCCCUCAGCCAGUGACCAGAAUUUUCUUCAACAACCAAAGCGUCCAAACCAGCGUCACAUCUGGCCGUCUCACCGGCACCCUCACCUACCAAAAGCCCAACAUCAGCCUACCAGACCUCACAACCCUCGACUGGCACUACCUCAACACCCUCCCAGAGGUCGACGAUUCCACAUACAACGACGAUCUCUGGACCCCAUGCACGCACACCACGACCGCAAACCCACGCAACCUAACCACCCCAACAUCCCUCUACGCCAGCGACUACGGCUACAACGGUGGUUCCCUCCUCCACAGAGGCACCUUCACGGCCACCGGCAAUGAGACCUCCCUCUACCUCCUCACCGAAGGAGGCUACGCCUACGGCUACUCCAUCUGGCUCAACAACACAUUCCUCGCCUCCUGGCCAGGAGACCCGUUGUAUAUGUUCUCCAACCAAAGUCACAUUCCCAUUCUCUCUCACUCCCGGGACCACCUACACAACUUCCCCGCGAACGGCGAAUUCAUGAAAGAUCCACGUGGAAUCCUAGAUUACACUCUCCACGGCCGCGACGACAAAUCUGCCAUAUCGUGGAAAAUAACGGGUAACUUCGGCGGAGAGCAUUAUGCUGAUCUAACUCGAGGUCCACUCAAUGAGGGUGCCUUCUUCGCUGAGCGAAAGGGGUAUCACCUCCCCGGUGCGCCGGUGGAGACGUGGACGAAGAGGUCACCGUUUGAUGGACUUCCGGAGGAUGAGGCGCCCGGGGUAGGAUUCUUCGCGACGACAUUCGACCUGAAUGUUCCUGAUGGGUAUGAUGUGCCUAUUAGUGUUGUGUUUGAGAAUAGUACUACAGUUGGUGAUGGAUCGGAGCCUGCGAGGUUUCGGUCGGAGUUGUUUGUGAAUGGGUGGCAGUUUGGGAAGUAUGUCAAUCACAUCGGCCCGCAACUUAGCUUUCCCGUCCCAGAGGGUAUCUUGAACUAUAAUGGGAGCAAUUAUCUUGCUCAUACCAUCUGGGCUAUGGAUGAGAACUCGUACAAGUUGGAUGGGUUGCGGUUGCAGGCUAAUGCGGUGGUGCAGAGUGGGUAUCGCAAGCCAAGUCUUGUGAAGGGAGAGGUGUACAAGAAGAGAGCUGGUAGCUAUUGA